GCUUUGGGAGUGCCAGACCUUGACCAGGUCAUAGUUGAGGAGUGACAGACCAGUAAAAAGAUUCCACGAAAUCAAAUUAAAUUCGUGGGGUGAACAAAGUCUCCCGGCACUCUUUUCGCCAAAAUUCGGUUGAAAUUUCCUUCUAAAUUUAGCCCCUUGAUUUUUCUCUUCCUUUUCUUUUCUUUUUGAAAAAUUAUACCUUUGGCUCUCUCGCACGGAUCUUACGUCUCGUUAUCGGCAUCAGUGAAUUGCUAUAGUGACGAUGGAGAGGGCAGACACUGGGCAGAAGUUAUACAGUCGACUGCGUCAAUGGGAUUUCCCGGAUAAAUAUGUUAUUGAGCCCACUGAUGGCCCUUGCAGAUCCUCUUUGGAAAUCAGUCGUGUCGAUGGCUCAAUGCAGCUGAUUGAUGGAGUUACCGAAUGCAACUCUAUCCGGGUUCCAAAAAUUCAAACAAUUUUUGGCGUUGUGGGGAUGCUAAAGCUCUUGGCAGGUUCAUAUUUGAUUGUCAUAACAGACCGUGAAUGUGUUGGAUCUUACUUGGGACAUCCCAUUUAUAAAGUUUUGUCAUUGAAGGUUCUUCCAUGCGAUCAUUCUCUUAGGACUUCCCCUGCAGAACAGAAAAAGAUGGAGAGUGAGUUUUCUAGGCUGUUAAAUGUUGCAGAAAAAUCUUCUGGUCUAUACUUUUCAUAUGAAGUAAACUUAACACUGAGUGCACAACGAAUGCAUGAUUUAGGUCAAGAAUCUAAAUUGCUUCCUCUUUGGAGACAGGCAGAACCUAGGUUUCUCUGGAACAAUUAUAUGUUGGAAGUGCUUAUAGAUAAUAAGCUUGAUCCAUUCUUACUUCCAGUAAUCCAAGGGAGCUUUCAUUCUUUUCAAGCUGCCAUAGGAAAAGAAAUUGUUGAUGUUACUCUUAUUGCUAGGAGGUGUACUAGGAGAAAUGGCACUCGUAUGUGGAGAAGAGGAGCUGAUCCAGAUGGUUAUGUUGCUAACUUUGUGGAAACUGAGCAAAUUGUGCAGAUGAAUGGAUUUACAUCAUCAUUUGUUCAAGCUAGGGGAUCAAUUCCAUUUCUCUGGGAGCAGGUUGUUGAUUUGACAUAUAAGCCUAAGUUUGAGAUUGUGAGGUCUGAAGAAGCUCCUCGAGUAGUUGAGCGACAUUUUCUGGAUUUAAGAAAAAGAUAUGGAUCUGUCUUAGCUGUUGAUCUUGUCAACAAGCACGGAGGUGAAGGACGCUUAAGUGAAAAGUUUGCAAGUUCAAUGCAGCAUGUUUUCAGCGAUGAUGUAAAAUACCUGCACUUUGAUUUUCACAAAAUCUGCGGACAUGUCCAUUUUGAGCGCCUUUCUAUCCUCUAUGAGCAAAUUGUAGAUUUUCUUGACAAAAAUGGAUACCUUUUGUUGAAUGAAAAUGGUGAGAAAAUGAAGGAGCAACUUGGAAUUAUAAGGACCAAUUGUAUUGACUGCUUAGACCGUACAAAUGUUACCCAGAGCAUGAUAGGUCGAAAAAUGUUAGAAAUUCAACUUAGGAGGAUUGGUGUUUUUGGUGCUGAAGAAACUAUAAGUUCACACCCAAAUUUUGAUGAGAGCUUUAAAAUAUUGUGGGCUAAUCAUGGGGAUGAUAUAAGCAUUCAGUAUUCUGGCACUCCUGCUUUGAAAGGAGAUUUUGUCAGAUUUGGUCAGCGAACUGUACAAGGAAUCCUUAAGGACGGCUGCAAUGCUCUUGUACGCUACUAUUUGAAUAACUUUGUUGAUGGCACAAAACAGGAUGCAAUUGAUCUCCUGCAAGGACAUUACAUUGUUUCCAUCAGUCGAGAAAUGACCCCUCCUUCACAAAAAGGAGGUGUUGAGGCUCUAGCUUCUUUUCCACUGGCUUUAUCAUUGGUCUUGAUUGGUUUCUUUUUUGCAACAAUGUCGCUGAGGCAAGUUCGGUACGAUCUUCGGCACUUAUUCUUUUCGGUAAUGUGGGCAAGCAUGAGUGUGGCCAUAGCAUUAUUUGUGAGGGCUAAUGGCAGGAUAUUUUGCAACCGUCCUCGUCUGCAUAAGCCUCGCUCUUAAAUCAUGGGUUCAGAAUGCUCUGACCAUUUUUUGUGGAGCUUUCACGCUGCUGAUUAUUAUAUUUAUUCUUUAAUAUCAAUUUUUGUACUCUACAUAGUUGAGUUCUUGAUUAGUCAUACAGUGGGAAAAUUGAUUAAUAUCCCACCUUCUGCUUUUACUUUCCCAAAAGUAUUAAUUAUAUUCUUAAUAUUGUAGAGGGAUUUGCCUUCUGCCAAAGCUGGAUGGCCACAGUGAUGGAUCUUCAGGGGAUUUGUUGUAACUCAGAACUUGUUUAUACCAACCUCUAGAAAGGGCACAUUAUGAUUUAUCAAACAAGAUUUUGGAUUCACUGAUUAACAUGUAGUUAAAACUUUUAUCCUUGUACUCUA